AUGAGUGGCCUUGGUGUUUUGACCCACAAGGGAGUCUUGGGUGAAGAAUCCACUAGGGAUGAUGAAAGAUUCACCGGGGAGUAUGAUCUACCGAAAAAAUGUCUUGGUGACUGGAGGAGAAGUCUUCUUAAUGAAAUGAAGGUGAUGUUUGAAAUGAGUAUGGUUGGUGAAUUGACUUAUUUCUUGGGAUUGCAGGUGAAGCAAACGGAUUCCAGAAUCUACAUCAACCAAGCUAAGUAUGCUAUAAAUCUAGUCAAGAGAUUUGGACUUGACAAGGAUGCACAUGCUAGAACACCAAUGGCUGCUAAUGCAAAGUUAACCAAUGAUCCAUCGAGUGAGUCUGUUGAUGUUACAUUAUACAGAAGCAUGAUUGGUUGUUUAUUGUAUUUAAAUGCUAGUCAUCCUGAUAUUGCAUUCAGUGUUGGUGUAUGCUCUAGAUCUUAA